AUGGAGAGGCCUCGCUUACCGGAGCUUCCCCAUACUUCUACGAGGCCCACAUCAGAUAUUGGUAACAGGAAAACAACGGAUACUGAGAGCGACAACCUGAAGUCACCCGCUCCUAACUCUCGCGCACACGGUGAUCGAUUUUUGCGAGACAGAGAUGGUGUAACAGGUGGUGAGAAAGAAGGAACUUCACUCAAUGAACCUUCAAAGCCAUCUGCGACCAAUAUCAAUUCAGAUCCAUCUACCUUUGGGAUGAACUCUAUUGGCCCUCACUCUACUCUAAGCUCGCCAGAACAACUAUCAUCCCCUCACGAAUCUCCUUCAUCAAGUGUCCGCUCAGAUGAGACAGACAUUUCAAGUCCAGAUCUGGACGUCGACUCUAUAGAUUCAGGGAUAUCCAGCGUGAAGGAUAUGUCCCAUCUCUUAGACUCGAGUCGUUACUUCAGUGAGCUAGACGAUCUCGAAAUGAGAACUGCGGAAAUUCUUGGCCUAAAGGACAGUCCACAUCCUAACCUUGAAACUAUGGAUGAUUGCCUUCUAUUUUGCAAAAGCUGGCACAAGGCCUUUAUGAAUCUAACAUCCGAAGGCUUCUGUGGUUCCCAAAUGAGCUUUUUGAUCGAGGAUAGUGAGAGAAAUGACAUCGCAAAUGCCUUGCAUGUCUCAUUCAUUCAAAUCACCUAUUUCAUCGAGCAGUUCGAGCGAUCUCUCAAGCCACUCGACGAGCGGCGGAUCACAAAGUUGACGAAUAAAUUCCUUCGGUCAAUCCUCAAUGUCCAUAAUGAAACUUCUACUAGCGUUGAUUUGAUUAUAUCACUGCGUAUCCUGUGUCAAACCUUGGCGAUUGGUCUUUUGUCUUAUACUGGCUCACAUGUGUGUCGAUUUGAUCUCAACCUAUGGGAUAGAGAGCUUGAUGAAAUAAGUAUCGGUUUUGAGGGUUAUGCUUUUAAACCUCGGAAGCUGGCUUGUCUUGAAGACUUCAUCGGUGGUCCCGCUUGGAUAUUAAGCAAAGCUCGAACGCCAUCCAGGACACAUGAGCAAUCAGGUCGAACAAGUGAGAGUCAAGUCAAAGAACUGGCACAAGAGAUGCAAAAUGCAGCUACUGGCAAAUCCUCCGCGCUGUCCAACGAGCAAUCGGAGCAAAGAGAACGGGGAGUGAAAAUCUCCAUUGCGCUUCAGGAUCUCCAAGAAUUAUGGGGUCCUGCGUUCCUUGUGGGAGGUACUGAAGAUGAGGCGCCGGCCAUUCGAACAGAAAGAGGAUUCAUCGUUCCGCUCCCACAACAGCCCGAAUCAUCGAAACAUGGCAUUGAAUGCCACUGGACGUCUGAAAUUCCAGAUCUUCUUCUAAGAGAAAAUCCAGAUAAACCAGUUAUGUUACAGGGCACAUCGAAAAUCUUAAUCGGGACACCAAACGAAAAUGAAAUUGGACUUGUCGUCAACAAAAAAUGCAAGUCGUCUAUUCCCCUCAUCCAACAACAAAUUGCCUCUCGGUUGCAGUAUCCAGGGACAUGCAAAUCACGAUACGUCAAUGAUGGAUUUGACAUUCAACUAGCCGCUGGGCAAUAUGCUACAGCAGGGCUGGUCAAGAAGUACAAACGGCUCCCGAAGCGUACAUUGAAGGCCAUGCUUAUCGAGGAUUGUCCCAAACCUGACACCAAGCUCGUACCUCUUCUUAACCUGUGGGUUGGUCUGGAAGUGAGCGCAUGUACGGGUAAUGCCCAGCGAGUGAGACUAUGGGACGCCCUUCGCCUUUCUCAAGCGGAUGUGCAAUCCAAAGACAAUACACGCGACUGCACUCACGCAGUUGGUAGCAAAGAAUGUAUAGCGUCAUGCUGGACUAAAUCGCAAUCUGACGAUGAGAUCGAUUCUCUUGAUGAUAUUCCCGGUACGAAAAAGCAUCUUACUGGGGCUGAAGCCCGUCGAAUAAUCAUUCACUCGAUUCUUGCCCUCGAACAUUCCGGUGUGGAUAGCGAGGGUAAUCUCCAGGUUUGCUGGCCAUUCAGCCAUAGUCCCGCCAACUGUCCCAUAUUACCAUCCUCACCUAGAGAACUCCAUCACUGGUUCCGAGUCGUGAAGGACUCGCGUGAUGCAUCAAGCUUUGCAGUGUUCAGUCAGAGAUGUCUAGAGUCUCCGGAUCAGGCCUUUAUGCGCUCAUGCCGCUUUCCCUGUAAAGACAAGCAUUCCAACUCUCUUCGGCAAACUAUUCUGGCGACGCGAAUCCUGAGCUUCACUGAACAUAGACCACUUUCGGGAUUGCUUCAGGGUGCCAAGUUCGUUGUUGGAGAAGCACAUCUCACUGUUACCAAAGUAUUGCGAGAUCAUGCAGCAGUCAUCGCUACUAUCAGUGUCAAUCCUUUGAGUCCACUGCGAUAUCGACUUCGAGAGAUAUUACCUGCCAGUGAUUCUGGGGUCUCAGGCUUUAAGGAGCACAUUCGACCGGAUAUUGCAACAGAUCUCUCGGUUCCGGUAUUUGCAUACUAG